UAUCUCCUUUGGCGGUAACUUCCGGAAAUUUUGUCAUGUUGGGCAAAUCUCCUUUGGCGGUAACUUCUGGACAUUUUGUCAUGUUGGGCAAAUCUCCUUUGGCAAUAGGUACUUCAGCAGAGAACUUUAACUUUCUUGGACAACUCUACGGGCAGUAAGAUCUUCAGGAAAAUUUGGCGUUCUUGGACGAAUCUCCGGGCAGUAAGAUCUUCAGGAAAAUUUGGCUUUGUUGGGCAAAUCUCCUUUGGCAAUGAAGUACUUGAGAAAUAUUCAGCUCAGGAAAUCUCUUUCGGGAAUCAACACAUGCAUAAAAUUUCAGCUUCAUUGAGCAAAUCCCUUUUUUGGCAAGAACUACAUAGUUCUUUUGGGGCAAAUCUCCUUUGGCAGUAUAUACUACAGAAAAUCUGUGUUGGGCAAAUCUCCUUUGGCAGUAUAUACCACAGAAAAUCUGUGUUGGGAAAAUCUCCUUUGGCAGUAUAUACCACAGAAAAUCUGUGUUGGGCAAAUCUCCUUUGGCAGUUAGUUUUAGGAAAAUCUCCUUUAUGCGUCUCUGCUUUGGCAGAUAAUAUUUCAGGAAAAUCGCUCUUUGGGGGCAAAUCUCCUUUGGCAGUUAGUUUUUAAGUUUCUGUGAAUCCAGAUACUAACCUCCGUUGGUGUUCUUGGCAACUCUCCUUUGGCAUCAUAUCUCCAAUUCCGUCAUUGAAAUUAUCCUAUUGGAGACACAGACAGACCUCCAUAUUGCACGGUCUGAUCAAUCUGAAUAUUUGGACUUGGAUUGUUCAUCAUCAAAGAAGUCAAGUUCGAAAGUAUAAAUUGCUUCAUUCAUCAUUUGUGCAAAUACCACUGUCCACAAAUCCUUAUCCUGGUGUUAGUACAAGAAACUGAAGAAGGAAAGGUGUUCUGGGUUGGUGGCUUCAGUUUCAACCAGCAAACUUGUCGAUAUAUGCUUGUGAGUUUUUUCAUCCCAAGUCAAAGCUAUUGCUAUUAUUGUUCCUGAGACGAUCAGCUAAGCUUGUCAAGCAAAAACUAACGUCAAGAAACCAUAUUUCUGGCUUAUUGCUAAAUUUCCCAAGAUUUUGGCACGUGCUGCAGGUAUUUUAAUGAUGAAUAUGCUGCUUAGCGACUCAGAUUGGGAUGGUUACAGCAUGAGUAGUGACAGUGAGGAUCAAGAUGACAUUGAGUCUAUGUUUGGUGGUCGCGCCCAGAGCAUUCUGUCAAGCUUGACAGAGAGCAUUGGCAAGAUCGAUGAUUUCUUGGCAUUUGAAAGAGGGUUUGCGCAUGGCGACAUUGUUUGCUCCAUAACAGACCCAUCUGGGCAGAUGGGCAGAGUGGUAGAUGUGGACAUAGUAGUAGGCUUGGAAACCAUGUCUGGUGAUAUUAUCAAAGACGUCAACAGCAAGAAGCUUCUGAAAUUCCGCUCCCUGGCUGCAGGGGAUUAUGUAGUUCAUGGGCCGUGGCUUGGGAGGGUGGGUAGAGUAGUUGAUCUGGUCACCAUCUUGUUUGAUGAUGGGGCGAAGUGUGAGAUAACAACAGCAAACCCAGAAAAUCUCACACCCAUUUCUCCAAACUCUCUUGAAGAUGCCCUAUAUCCUUAUUAUCCAGGUCAGCGUGUGCGGAUAAGGCAUUCGACUGCUUUUAAAUCUGCAAGAUGGUUGUGUGGAAAAUGGACGGUGAACCGAGAUGAAGGUGUUGUGUGCCACGUGGAAAUAGGGUCCCUGUAUGUCAACUGGAUUGCCUCUAUCAUGGUUGGUUGCAAAUUUGGCUUGCCCGCCCCUCCUAGUCUUCAAGAUCCAAAAAAUCUAACCUUGUUGUCGUGCUUUCCUCAUGCUAAUUGGCAACUCGGUGAUUGGUGUAUGCUUCCAAUUGAUGCUUAUCGCGACCAUCAGAUGGGUGUUAAAGAGCAGGCCUGCCCAAAUGUUUCUGCGCAAGGUCUUUUUAAAACGUACAAGAAUUUUGGAAGAGUACCCCAUAGAAGGGACCCUGAUUGUGAAAACAUAUUUAUUGUUGUGAAGACAAAGACUAAGGUUGAUGUUGUUUGGCAAGAUGGUAGCCAUUCAUUUAGUGUAGAUUCACAGACUUUGAUUCCCGUAGACAAUGUUGGUGAUCACGAUUUUUGGCCUGAUCAGUUUGUAUUGGAGAAAGGCACAUAUGAUAAUGACCAUGUUUCUACUGGCCAGCGGUUUGGGAUUGUGAAAAGCGUGGAUGCAAAGGAACGGACUGUGAAGGUGAAAUGGACAACUCCUAGGACAAAUCGAACAGCUGAAGAGUUCAAUGAGGAGAUUGUAAGUGCUUAUGAGCUGAUUGAGCAUCCAGACUAUUCCUACUGUCUUGGUGAUGUGGUGUUUAGAUUGGAAGCAAGUCUUCAUGUUACCCAAACUGAGGGGCAGACUCAAAGCCAAGAAGAUCCACAAACGACAGAGAUGGACAUGGCCUCACUUCAAGCAUUGGGAAAGGAAAUGCAUGGAAAGAAGCAAAUUGAUGAAGGUCAAGAUGGGAAUAUUAGAAGUUAUUUAUCUUGUAUUGGAAAUGUUAUUGGCUUUAAGGACGAGUGCAUUGAGGUGAGGUGGGCAAGUGGACUUAUAUCCAAGGUGGGGCCCUCUGAAAUUGUUGGAAUUGAUCGAUAUGAAGAUCCAGCUGCAACUCCAGCACACCAAGAAGAUGUCGAGGAUAAUGCGAGUGAAGAGAUGAUGGAGCAUGAUAAACAAUCUUGGAAUAAAAAAGAAAAGGAUGUGCUGGAGAAGGCUGUAGACGCUUCUGGUGAAGAUUGCAAGCAAGAUCUGUGGGAUGGUGGCUUGCUUUUACUUCCUCGAUCAGCUAUUGGAUUUCUCACUAGUGUUGCAACCAGUCUAUUCGGCUCACGUGGCUCUACUUCACUCUCAAGAUCAACAAACUCCACUUCUUCUGACACUCUAAAAAGUUGCAACCUUGAGUUACAAACACCGGGUUUAGAAGCUGCAAAUGAAUUUGGGUUUUUCCCAUGGAAAAAAGCAUCCAAAUGUCAGAUUCUGAAGGCUGAGGAACCAUCACCUGAGGUGGAUGAUUUACAGAUAUCAGGAGAAACAAUUUUGAAGCAAAAAGUAGAAGAGACUCAAGCAAACAAAGAGCCUCCAUUGACAGAAAGUGGUGAGAAAUUAGGAGAGUUCAAGAAAUUCGACACUGUCAAUGAUUACACUGAUCAUCAUUUCGUCAAUGGUGCUGGAAAGGGGUGGAUGUUAUCACAGGUUAAAAAAGGUUGGUUGAAGAAGGUACAGCACGAAUGGAGCCUCCUAGAGAAAGAUCUACCAGAUACCAUUUAUGUUAGAGUUUAUGAAGAAAGGAUUGACCUGAUGAGGGCAGCCAUCAUCGGUGCACCAGGAACUCCAUACCAUGACGGACUCUUCUUCUUUGAUAUCUUCUUGCCUCCAGACUAUCCGUAUGAACCUCCUUUGGUGCACUACAAUUCCGGAGGGCUUAAAUUGAACCCAAACUUGUACGAGUCUGGAAGGGUCUGUCUCAGCCUUCUCAAGACAUGGACCGGAACUGGCACGGAAGUGUGGAAUCCAGAAAGCUCCACGAUCCUUCAAGUGCUGCUUUCCCUUCAGGCCCUUGUGCUCAAUGAGAAACCGUAUUUCAAUGAGGCCGGAUAUGAUAAACAGAUAGGAAGAGCUGAGGGAGAGAAGAAUUCUACGACUUACAAUGAGAAUGCUUUUCUUCUUUCCCUCAGGUCCAUGCUCUAUCUACUGCGUAAACCUCCAAAGCAUUUUGAGUCACUUGUGGAGGAGCAUUUUAGGCAUUGCGCACAUUCUAUUCUCCUCGCUUGCAAGGCAUACAUGGGUGGCGCUCAGGUUGGACGUGCUUUUGGAUGUGGAAACACCCCGGGUGAAUCCCAGCAGUGCAGUUCCACAGGUUUCAAGAUCAUACUCGCCAAGCUUUUGCCGAAGCUCAUAUCGGGGUUUACCGAGCAAGGGAUAGAUUGCUGCCCAUUUCUUGAGGAAGAGAACAAGGUUCCAAAAACGGGUUAGCCAAUCUACUUGAACUUGACAUAUAUCUGCAACAUUUAAAACUACAACUUUAAUGAAUGCUUGAAUAAAGAUUGUGUGGGUUUUGUAUUGUGCUCUGAUUUCCUCAUAGCAAUGAAAAUGAGUGGAUCAGAUGUGUGAAGUGAUUAUGCUUGUGGGCCCGUAUCUGUAAAAUAGACUAUGGUUGUGGGCCUAUAUUUGUAAAACAUACAGCAAUAUAUAAAUUAUCUGUUUAUAUAAACAUAGAACAAUAUUGUUAAUUA